AUGAAUGGCAAACUGAGGCCAAUGGCAAAGAGAGUUGGGUUCAGAAACUUUAACAGAUGGACUCAGGACCAUUUGAUAACGAUCUUUCUGGAAUACGAUCGGAUAAACCAGACAAGGGUCCGUGAUGUUCCAGAAAACUACGUCGCGAGUCCCGCCGACAUUGACGCGCAACAUGCUAUAGUAGAUCGGUUGAUUAAAGAUGAAAAAAUCAAACUUGCUGAACCUAAAGCGGGCGAUCUCAAACUUCCUGUUCCUAAAAGAAAACGGGAAAAUGACACAGAGACAAAAAAAGACAAGCGUGCAAAGGUUUCGUCUGGGGAUGACAACCAUGUAUCACCCUCAGACAGUGGAAAAUCAAAUGACAAACGCGCGCCUAGGAAUGUCGCAGGUACGAAAGGAGUGUCUAAGAUAGGUUCCAGGGCAGGUGGAGUACAAAAGAAGUCCAAGCAGGUAGAGAAGUCAGCUGCAACCAAGCCAAGAUCCCGUCAAGCAUCCACUCGCAAGCCGCAACGAAAGAAAAAGAACAUGGACGUUGGAGACUCGCAAAAUGCAGAAUCUCAAGACCCUUCGGUUUCAGCCGUCCAUCCGCCCUUUAUGACGCCAGAUGCAAAUCCAGGAGACGACGACAGCUCUGAUAGCGACAGCUCCGACUCUAGAGAUGACAAUGGAGACCAUGGAAACGAUGGAGAAGACAUUGAGAGCGACGAAGAUUCUGAAGCCGAGGAAACAAGCAAGGCACCAUCCAAGGGUGAGGAUACAUCCAAGGUCAAGGAUGCCUCCAAUCCCAAGUCUAGUGAGCCCCUUGGAUUGCACCUCGGAGUUCGCAAAGUCGUUAGGCAUGAAUUGGAGUGGGACCCACUCGACGAGAGGAUCCCAACCAGUCAACUUACGUGGUACGAACAACAACAGCGCUUUCGCGCGCAACAAGAGAAGGCCCGUAAGGAGGCCCAGGAAAAGGGGUUGCCAUACAAUGAAGGAGAUGAGCCAGAAGAAGAGCCAAAAAAUGAAUGGGAUUGGAAGAGACAGUUGCGUAGAAAAGGAUAG